GUGAAAAUGAGUACCCAGAAGUCGUCAAUGAUAAAUACAAGAGAAGAACUGAAUGAAUUAGUACGAAGGAGGACCGAAAUAGCGGAUACCCUUGCCAAUCUCGAAAGACAGAUUUAUGCUUUUGAAGGGAGCUAUUUAGAAGAUACCCAGCUCUAUGGAAAUAUUAUCAGAGGAUGGGAUAGAUAUUUAGCAAAUACAAACCUCUUUUCUAGAAACACAAACAGUAAGGCAGACAAACGGAACAGAAAAUUCAAGGAGGCCGAUCGUCUCUUCUCCAAAUCUUCUGUCACAUCUGCUGCUGCUGUCAGUGGUAUAGUAGAUUCAUUUGACAAAAACCGUGACCGAGACUGUCCGUCUAGUCCAGACUCCCAGAACAACCAGAACAGUGCCAACACGCCACAGACAAACGGACAGUCCGACAGCAACGAGUCCAGUCACAACCACUCAGGGAAGCUACACAAAGGGGGCGGGGUUAUACGACACAAGAAAAAUAAAAGCAAAAAACACAGAGUUGAAGUGAAACUAAAAAGAGGAAAAGAUAAAUAAAAGUGGAAAACACCUGGAAAGGUUUCAGGAGAAUAAAGGAGAAUAGUGGUCAUGUAAUAUUUAGUCCAGUAUUUAAUCAACUUCUCAUUCAUCACUACGUGGGGAUUCCAUGAUGGAUUGUACCGUUUCUGUGGAAGAGACACCCUUCAGUUUUCAGUGUAUGAAUUCUAUCAAUGUUUUUAUCAACAUGAUCAGUUGGAACUACAAAACUUACUUUGUUCAUUCUUAGACAGAAAAGAACUAAAUGAAACAUGAAUGAGAAAAAAUAUCAAAAGAACAAUGCGUAGACUCAGCAUAAAGACGCUUCAUUGAACUAAUCCCAACAUUAAGGACAUUCUGUGUAAUGUAGAGAUUGAAGAUCAAAUUCUGAUCUGUGAAAAGAUCUUUAACCUUGCUUCAAGUUUUUUAUGUUAUAGGAAUCUCUGAGGAUGAGAUUAAUAAUGCAGUUAGUUAAUAAGUACUGGUACACGUUUUCCUGUACAUCAUUGUCUCUUUUUAUCAUAAUUAUAGUGGUAUUUCAUUGAUCAAGCUUUAUGUAAUACUUAUUUCUCAAGUUCUGUGAUGUAUUUUUGUUUUCUUGUUUUCGUUGAUUAACCUUCAAGAUAAUGUCAUGCUUAUUUCAACUGUUCAGUAACAAUUCAUGUGUUUAAUAAUUUUGGGGACAUCAUGUGAUUUGUGCCUAAGAAUUUUUACAGGUGAUUGUACUCUUUGCAAUCAUGAAUAUUUGUGUGGUUAAUUUUCAUUGUUUUUAUCAUAUGAAAAGACUCAGCAAAUUCAUGUCCUACUAAAAUAUAAAAUUUCAAAUGCAACUUUUCGAUAAUGAAAUCAAAUCAAACCACAGAAAAAUAUAUCCAUGUACAUGUAUUUAAUUUAACAGAAUUCAAUUGAUCUGACAAGGAAACACAAUGUAUCAAAGUGGUCUUUUUUUCAUUUUUUUUUUUUCCACAUUAUGCUUGGAUACAAGCGACAUAAACAAAUUUUGUAAUGUACAUUUCAGAAGCUGUGUUGUAAAAAUUGUCAUAUUAAACACAUGUUAGAUAAAUUAUUUUUGAAAGUGAAA